GCACUCAUCUAUGAAGCUUCAGGACCGGACCUUCUACGCUCACAUCGCUGGACUGCUGCUUUGGGGUGAAGGUGGGACUGUGUUCUCCUCUCCUCUCGUCUCUUUCACUGGAGUUCGCACUGGAGUCUACCCAGAGGGUCUGCAAGAAAUUACGAGACAGUAAAAAAACCCGGGUGGAGUUAACAGGCGUGCACUGGCACCAUCUCUCACUAUCUUCCACCACAAGCUUCCCCGUGCACGCUGACGUCAACCAAUUCCAGCACGAUCCGGCGUCCCCCACUUCCUCCGUUAGCAAUGGAUGUCGAUUCCACAAACGUGUCGACCGGGGACGAGGAGUCCUGUGACUUGUUGUCUCCGUCGGAGCACCAGAAGGGCGUCAUUCCGGCGCUGUACAGCGUCAUCUUCGUGCUGGGUUUCCUGGGCAACGUCCUGGUGGUGUGCGUGCUGUGCCAGCGCUCCUGCCGCCAGACGGUGGCCAACACGUACCUGGUGAACCUGGCCAUGUCGGACCUGCUCUUCCUCUCCGGCCUGCCCUUCUGGGCCGUCUUCUACUCGCUGGACUACAACUGGGUGUUCGGCUGGCUGAUGUGCAAAGUCUGCGGCGGUCUGAUGUCGCUCAACGUCUACGCCGGCAUCUUCUUCAUCACCUGCAUGAGCGUGGACCGCUACCGGGCCAUCGUGCACCCGCUGCGCUCGCAGUCCAGCCGCAGCGUGUGCCGGGCGCGGGCCAUCGCCGCCGCCAUCUGGACCGUGGCAGCCGUCAGCACCGCGCCCAACGUGGCCUUCCGCCGGCUGCACACGAUGCCCAACAACGCCACGGCCUGUGUGCUGGCCUACCCGUCGGCCCACUGGUACCCGGCGCAGGCGCUGGCCAAGAACACGCUGGGCUUCCUGCUGCCGUUCACCAUCAUCUUCACCUGCUACUUCCGCAUCGGGCGCCACCUGCUGGCCGCGCCGGCCAUCGAGCAGGGGCCCGAGCACCUGGACCGCGUGCUGCGCAUGGUGGUGGCCGUGGUGCUGGCCUUCUUCCUCUGCUGGUUCCCCUUCCACGUGCUGACCUUCCUGAGCGCGCUGCGCUGGCUGGGCGUGCACAUGCCGUGCCAGCUGCAGCGCGGCGUGGAGAUGCUCAUGUCCUUCUCGCUCUGCCUGGGCUUCUCCAACAGCGCCAUCAACCCCUUCCUCUACUGCUUCGUGGGCAACCACUUCCGCGAGCAGCUCUAUCGGCUGUACAGGGAGAAGGCGCCGCGCCUCUCCCAGAAGAGGGACUCCAUCAGCACCCGGCUGAGCUCCUUCUCCAGGAAGCUGAGCGACCUGAGGGACCCCGGCACACCCGACACGCACACGCUAAGAUCCAUGUCGCACUCGUGAUGGCGGCGGCGGCUCGAGAGGACAGGACGAGUGCAUGGGCGUUCACUUGCUGUUGAAGUGGUUUCUGGUCUGCUGUUCUACAAUUACUCCAUCUGUUACCACUACUUCAAGACAACUACUUCAAAACAUCAACGUCAGUGACCUCAAUAAAAAAGACAAGACGAGUGGGAUCCUAUGUCUGUGUACAGUCCUGUUUCAAGUGUGGAAACCCAGUGCUGACAUAGACUUGACAGUGAGAAACUUCUACAGUGAAUAACCGCCAGAGUGGAAAACCA